AUGAAUCGUGGUGGGCGUCGAUUCUACUCGCGUAAGUCGUCCCUUUCGUCCUUUUUUCUGGGAAGCGCGAUUGCAGGGGCAGCUUCGUUCUCUUUAUUCCCAUCUGCUCUCGUCUAUGCCGACGGCGAUCAGGCACCAGUUACCACUUACCCAUGGUCACAUAAAGGGAUAUUUUCGUCUUUUGACCAUGCAAGUAUUCGUCGUGGGUAUCAGGUUUAUAAGGAAGUGUGUGCAUCCUGCCAUUCUAUGAAUCGCCUUGCUUAUCGCCAUUUGGUCGAUAUUUCUCAUACAGUUGACCAAGCAAAAGCAGAGGCCGCUGCCGUAAACGUUGUUGAUGGCCCUAACGAUGAGGGAAAUAUGUUCACGCGACCAGGAAAAUUGACAGAUUAUUUCCCGGAUCCCUAUCCCAAUAAAGAGGCAGCACGUUUUGCAAAUGGGGGUGCCUACCCACCAGAUUUAUCCUUAAUGGCCAAAGCGCGACCAAAAGGAAUAGACUACAUCUUUUCGCUGAUCACAGGCUAUUCUGAGCCUCCAGCCGGAAUCGAAAUCAAGGGCAAUCUUCAUUUCAACAAGUACUUUCCAGGAGGUGCAAUAUCUAUGGCUCAAAACUUGUAUGAUGGCAUAGUGGAGUAUGAAGACGGAACGCCGGCAACGGCCUCUCAGAUGGCAAAAGAUGUAUGCACCUUUCUGGCAUGGUCUGCAAGUCCAGAAUUAGAGGAGCGCAAACAAAUGAUGAUGAAGGCCUUUAUUGUGUGCUCUGCUUUGACUGGACUCGUUUUUUACAUUAAGAGACACCGUUGGAGCUAUCUCAAGUCUAGACAAUUUGUUUACAAACCAAAUUCUAAAAUUUAG